CUCAUUUCCAUAUCAUCAAAACAAGGCAUACCUAUUAAAAUCACAUGUCUUACUAAACAAACAGUAUCUGAAAAAUCAUGUAUUCCAAAACAGAUUACUUUGAAAAUAUGAACAACCAAUCAGAGAUGGCUCUGAAGAAGCACACAAAAACUAAGGAAGACUUGAGGGAGUAUAUUGAGAUUAUCAGAAAAUGGAUCGAGUCACAACCACAUCUACCAGAAAUUCCAAAUGAUAGUCUCAUUGGGAAUUUCCUGUUCAUGAAUAAAUUCAGCAUUGAAGGUACUAAACAACGCCUGGACAUGUACUACACCAAGCAGUCCUUGAUACCAGAAUUUUUCCAAGAUAAUAAUCCAGAUCUUCCAUUGAUAAGAAGUUCUUUUGAAACAUUUUAUUACUUUCCAAUUCCAAGGUCUACAGAUGAAGGUCACCGUAUAACCAUAUUCAAAUUGAUCGAUCCCAAUCCGGAUAAUUUCAACGAGAACCUUUUCUUUGCGCAAUUGUUCAACACCUUCGAGGUUCGGUUGCAUGAAGAUUUUUUCGUUGGAGAAAUUUUAGUUUACGAUUUCAGAGACGUAUCACUGCAUCAUAUAGUUAAAAUGACACCAACAUUGAUCAAGAAAUCUACAACAGUUUUAGAGAAAGUCUUCAACAACUCUGUACAUCAGAUACACAUUGUCAACUAUCCACCAUUUGCAGAUACAUUGAUCAGGAUGGCAAAACAAAUCAUGAAGCAGAAACUUGUGAAAAGGCUACAUCUUCAUCAAGGCAUGGACAAGAUAGCAGAUUUUGUGCCGGUCAAGUUUCUACCAAAAGAGUUCGGAGGGGAGGAACGGAGUUUGAAGGAACUUCAUGAGCUAUGGAAGUUGAAAGUAGCCGACUAUAGGAAGAGAUUCGCUGACUUGAGCAAGUUGAAAGUUGAUGAGGCGAAGAGGCCGACUCCAUUAAUCAAUGAUGAUUUACUAGGUUUCCAUGGAAAUUUCAAGAAAUUGAAUGUAGAUUGACUGUCUGGAAUGAAUUAUUGCUAAUGCAGUUACUUUUUUAUUCGAAAUGUUAUACUUAUUUGAAAGACAAAUACGAAUUAAAACAACUAUGAAAUCAGAA